CGGUGUCAGUUUACGGCAACAUGGCAGCGUGCUGGCAGGAGCAGAAACUCCGUCGGCUCUGACCGUCAGAGUCUGAACCUUCACCAUGACCACGGGGACGGACCGCACGAGGCCAGCCGGUCGGUAACGGGAGGGCUCGUGAAGAUGAUGACGAUGUGUUUUAGGAGGAUUUCCGCGCCGCUGUGCCGCAACGCAGCGACCGCCCGCUCCCUGCUGUCAGCGCGGUGCGCGGGUGUGUGUCGGCUCGAGCCUGCGUCAUGGCGGAACUCACCUGUCACCCAGUGCGCGAGGGUGAGACCGUCCCCGGUUAACGGCGCGUGGCUCCUCACUGUCAGGAGGGCGGACAGCCGCGUGGCGUGCUGGAGUGGCAUCCUCCAGCAGGUAAAGGCGACGUCCUGGCACGCGCAAGGAGCCGUGGUUUUACACCAGGGAGGUCACGAGAGGUCGGCGGCCAGUUUCCGGUCUCUGCUGUCACCCACAGCUCGGGGGCUGUGCAGCGGGAAGACCGAGGAGACACCUGGUGCCCCCGCGGGGACGGACCGGGAGGAGGCCAGCUCGGUACCGGGACACGGACUCUUCAAGUUCAAGGAGCUGUAUGAGAACCCGUGGACCAUCCCCAACUUCUUGUGUGUGUGUCGCAUUUUGCUGGCUCCGUUCCUGGGUUAUCUGAUCAUCCAGCAGCACUUUCACCUCAGCCUCGCUCUGUUCACUCUGGCUGGAGCCACUGACCUGUUGGACGGUUACAUCGCCAGGACGUGGCCCACUCAAAAGUCAGCGUUGGGCAGCGCUCUCGACCCAUUGGCUGAUAAGAUUCUCAUCAGUAUUUUAUAUGUCAGUCUCACCUACGCUGAACUCAUACCAGCUCUACUGACAGGUCUGGUGAUUUCCAGAGACGUUGGUUUGAUAGCUGCUGUCUUCUGGGUCAGAUACAAGACUGUACCUCCACCGGUAACCCUCAGCAAGUUUUUUAACCCCUGCUACACCACAGCACAGCUCAAGCCCACACUCUUCAGCAAGGUGAACACAGCCAUCCAGCUCCUCCUGGUUGCAUCCUCUCUGGCUGCUCCAGUCUUCCAGUACACAGAUAGCAUCCUGCUGCAGUGCUUAUGGUAUGUUACGGCGGUGACUACAGCAGCGUCAGGCUAUAGCUACUGGCACUACGGCCGCAAGACUGUCCAGGUGCUAAACACCAGAUCACCAUGACGACCCCACCAGGAAACACCCAGAAAGCAGAGCUAAAAGCAGAGACACUGAUCAGUUGUGGUUAAAGUCAUACAGACAGAUGGACGAUUGCCAGGAGCUCUGAAACCAAGUAACUGUGACAGCCAUUUAUGAGUCGCCAUGGCAAUGACACAUGGAAACCAACUGGGGCCGCAGAUGGUUAACUGCAACACUACAGAAACACCUAACAGCAGCUCUGCUACUGGGCCGGCUGCUGAGUGGAGACCAAUGCACACAGAUAGAAACAGAAAACUCAAAUAUAGAUCAUCCUCGGACACGCGCUCAUGUACACUCUAACAUACAUGUCAAGUAUAUGUUCAGUGAUCCGGCAAGAGCUUCUAUUUUUACUUAGUUUUUCAAUCAAGAGGUUGCGACGUCAACAUGAUUGUCAGUUUUGUAAACCAAUGAUUUAUGAUUAAAAAAGAAAAUCUGCUUUUGUU